CCGAGUUCGAUCACCAAACUCUCUUAUUUUCCAUAUCUCCCUUCUUUCUCCUCUCCUAUAUAUCCAUCCACAAUACCACCAGAGAUGCACCCCCACCAACGAUAUCCAAAAAUGGCUACCAAGUUCGCUCCUCUUUUCUGCUUGGCCUGCUUUGCUCUGCUCUUAGUUACUUUGUUCCCAAACGCAAGGGCUCAAGACAAUUCGUGCCUGAACCAGCUCUCACCUUGCCUCAAUUAUCUCAAUGGCAACAGAGAGCCCCCUGCUAGCUGUUGUGAUCCUCUGAAAUCUGUCAUCCAAUCAGACCCACAAUGCCUCUGUAGCCUUGUGAGCAACAAGGGCACAAGGCAAGCUGAGCAGGCUGGCAUUAAUAUCACUCAGGCUCAGACCUUGCCUGGACGAUGUGGCCAACGAGUUAAUCCUUUGGCCUGCCUCUCAAGCUCACCUGGCUCCCAGAAUACUGCUCAGAACUCAGCAGCUAAGGUCGAGCGUGUCUCUCUGGGAGUUACGAUUAUUUUGGUUUUGAUGGUUGCUGCUCAAAUGUUAUGGGCAUAGGCUGGAGAUUGUUGCUGGAAUUUGAGAGUUUUUCUAUUUCUUUUUCCUGAUUGUGAAUUGAUACCGGGGUUGAGAUUGUAACUUCUAUGCUGUUGUUUAAUAUAAGUGAGCUUGGGAUUUGAUUAUUGCCUUAUUGGGGACGGGAUCACAGACUAGUCACGCGACUUCAUCAUUCACUGUUAUGUUCUGUAUUUGUAUAUAGGGGUG